AACCGCCAUUAAACCCGAAAGAAGAAGAAGAAGAAGACGCAGCAGACUUGUAGUCCGCGUGUGGACAGCGCUGCACUGACCCGCUGCUGUAAUGGAGGGAUCCGGGGAAGAGUUCAUGAAAUACCGCUCACCGCUGGUGUCCCGGUACGCCAGCAAAGAGAUGGCCUACAACUUCAGCGACAGGAAAAAAUUCACCACAUGGAGAAGACUGUGGCUUUACCUCGCUAUGGCCGAAAAGGAAUUGGGUCUCUCCAUAACCGAUGCCCAGGUGAGCGAGAUGGCGUCUCACUUGGAGGACAUUGAUUUCGUCAUGGCUGCGGAGGAGGAGAGGAAGUUGAGACAUGAUGUCAUGGCUCACGUCCAUACGUUUGCUCACUGCUGUCCCGCCGCUGCUCCCAUCAUCCACUUGGGCGCCACUUCCUGUUAUGUGGGAGACAAUACGGUGGAGGAGUUGGAUAGGAAGGUCACUGAGAUGGCUGGUUUUAAAAAAUCAUACCUGGUGACAGGUCAGACGUACAGUCGUAAGGUGGAUAUCGACUCGCUCUGUGUGCUGGCCAGCCUCGGAGCCACAGUACAUAAGAUUUGCACUGAUAUCCGUCUGUUGGCUAAUCUGAAAGAAAUCGAGGAGCCAUUUGAGAAAGAGCAGAUUGGUUCCAGUGCCAUGCCGUACAAGAGAAACCCCAUGCGUGCGGAGCGCUGCUGCAGUCUUGCUCGUCACCUGAUGGCGCUGGUGUCAGACCCCCUGCAGACAGCAGCAGUGCAGUGGCUGGAAAGAACCCUGGACGACAGCGCUAACAGGAGGAUCUCAUUGCCUGAGUCCUUCCUCACAGCAGACAUCAUCCUCAGCACUCUGCAGAACAUCACUGAAGGACUGGUGGUGUAUCCUAAGGUGAUUGAGAGGCAUAUCCGUCAUGAGCUGCCCUUCAUGGCUACUGAAAACAUCAUCAUGGCCAUGGUGAAGGCUGGAGGAAACAGACAGGACUGCCAUGAGAAGAUUCGGGUGCUGUCCCAGCAAGCUGCGGCUGUAGUCAAACAGGAAGGGGGGGAUAAUGACCUGCUGGCUCGGGUUCAGGCUGAUCCAUAUUUCACCUCCAUACUCGGACAGCUGGACUCCAUACUGGACCCCAAAACCUUCAUUGGCCGAGCCCCACAACAGGUUACAAGGUUUUUGUCUGAGGAGGUCAGGCCUGUUCUAGAGCCAUACAAGAGUAAAAUGGAUGUCAAGAUUGAACUAGAGCUCUGAAACAAACACAUACGUGACACAUCAGAACAGUAUUAAAAUAAAUAUGGUGUU